UUAUGAAAUAGGGUAUGAAACUACCUUCGAUGAAAAAAUGUAUCCCUUUUGGUACCAAAAUACGAAGCAUGGCAACAGGGAAUAACAUAUGGUACCAGAAAAAGUCAGCUGAUAAAUGCUACCCAAAGCGUGCAAACUGAAACCAAAUAGUUAAGUGAUCUAGAAAGCGUUCGUUGCAAAUAAUUUUUUUGAAGAAGACUCAAUUAUAUUAUAAUUGAUAAUGACAAUUUCUAAAUCCUACUUUAAUUAGUAUGUCAGGUCAUGGAAAAUUUGAAUUCAAACGUAUAAAAAAAGACCAGCAAGGAUUGUGAUUCGACUCGAACCUUCUAAUGCAUCGAGGAAAUAUUUACCUUCCUAAAAUAUAAAUACCAUACCAUUUACAGAAAAUGUGGCAUUUACGACGUUUAUUUACACAUUUCGCUGAAGAACUAAGCACACCCACCGAUCUUAUUGGUUGUCUACAACAAACACCUCAGAUUAUUCAGAAUAGUUUUGGCGGGUCUAUUGGCCUGGAAAGCUUAUCUUGGCUGCACAAUGUGUCGCCGUGUUUCCCACUUCGUGGUGACCAAAUCCAAAUAAUACAUGAGCCACAGCACUUUUACGAAACGCUUGUGCAACGAAGUGCGACGGCUCGAGAACGAAUUGUUUUAGCUAGUCUUUACCUAGGCACUGGCCAUCUGGAAAACACUUUUGUGCAAACAUUACGCAGCAGUCUACAACAACAAUCUUCGUUACGUGUAAAUGUAUUGUUAGAUUUUACUCGAGGCACACGCGGUGACGUCAAUUCGAAGACAUUGCUGUUGCCGCUUGUGCGCGAAUUUGGGGGACAGAUGAGAUUAUCACUUUAUCACACGCCAGACCUACGAGGUAUGACAAAAAGAUUGGCACCGCCACGAUGGAAUGAGUUGCUUGGAUUACAACACAUGAAAGUGUAUCUCUUUGAUGACGCAGUUCUCAUUUCCGGAGCUAACCUUUCGAAUGAUUACUUUACUAACCGUCAGGACCGCUACAUCCUCAUUGAAGACAAACAAAUAGCAGAUUUUUAUGCUCAGCUUGUCGCACGUGUUCAGGAAUUUAGUCUAGCAGUUAACCAAAAUGCACAAGAAGAACUGCACAGAUAUGGAAAAAUUUUGCCCUACGAGGGUGCAAAAGAGGAAUUUAUUGAGCAUGCAAAACAGCGCAUUACUGAUUUUAUGCACGAAACUUUCGAACAACAGCAGAGAGUGGCUGAAAAGCAUAAAGAUGCUGAUACGUGGAUAUUUCCGCUGGUCGAAAUGGGCCAAAUUGGCAUUCACCAUGAUAGUCUUGUGACCAAGCAACUACUAUCUACUUCAAUAGAAGGCUCCCGAAUGAAACUUGCUACUGGGUAUUUUAAUUUGACUCGGGAAUACAUGGACACUUUAGCUAAAAAUUGCCUCGCGCAGUGCAGCAUACUAAUGGCGCAUCCUAAUGCCAAUGGUUUUCAAGGCGCUAGUGGUCCGGCUGGAAGUAUACCUGCGGCAUAUACCUUGAUUGCGAAGAAAUUUUAUGAAGAUGUAUUGCAGCUAAAACAAGAUCACCGCAUCAAUUUCUUCGAAUAUGAGAAGCAUGGAUGGACCUACCAUGCCAAAGGAUUAUGGUACUACCUUCCUGGAACUUCUUCUCCAACCCUAACACUGAUUGGUUCUUCAAACUUUGGCGAGCGUUCUGUGAAUCGCGAUCUUGAAACACAAGUGUGCCUAGUUACCAGCAACGACGGGCUCAGUAAUAGGUUGCAGGGCGAAGUUGAUCGACUCUUUAGUUCUUCUAGUACUGCCGAGAAGGAAAUCCUUUCAAGACCAGUGCCUCGCUGGGUGCAUGCGGUGGUUACAGUAUUCCGGAAUUUCUUUUAAGUCAUCACAAAAAAUAGAGAGCACAAUUGAGGUCAAUAUCACACAUUUCCCGCAAGAGUGUAAUAAUCCCAAAAAUCAAAAACUCGACAAAACUGGCACCCAUAGUAAAAUACAUAUUUUGUUCUAGUGCGAUACUGGUAAUCGCUGCAGGUAUGAAAUGUUUGCACAACAUAGAAAAAGAAAUAGCGGUAUUUUCUGCAUACUUCGAUACAUUAUUAUUUUUUUUAACAGGCAGGUUCUGCAAUUCACAUCCGAGUGAAUUUCAACCCCUGCCAAUUUCAAUUAAAAGCGAAUUUCAUUAAAAUUCACUCGAAAGUGAAUUGCAGAACCUGCUUAUAUGACACUCUUGCAGCAAAUGUGCGAUAUAUGUAUGUACAUAUAUAUGUAUAUUUCGGAAUGGAAUAUUAAGUAUCCGAAUUUAAAAAACAAUAUAUACUUUCGAAUUAAAAAAAAAUUAAAAUAUUAAUUAGUGCGCUAUCAAAUGAUAUUUACAAUUUCAAUUUUAAAUAUAUAAAGCACUGUUAAUUUUAUAAAUUUGAGGAUGCAAUUUGUCGGCAGUUACAAAAAUAUAUGUAAAUAUGUAUGUAUGUAUCGAACAACUGCUUCAAAUGUUGCCUACUUUGUGCAUCUUGCAUAGACUUUAGUUAAAAAUGGUUACAAAUUGGGAAGGUGUUGACUCUAUUAAACUGCAUAGUUAUUGAAAUAAAUUUAUUUUA